AUGGAGAUCUGCAGGGUAUGGAGACUUCUGAAGGUCGUUGCGAUGGCUCUUCGGGGACUCUUCCUGCUUCAAGUGCCGGUGGCUUCUGUCGGGAGCCGCGGCGCGUGGUCACCCAAUCCGCGCGCUGACCCAGCAGCAGUACAUCGCUGCGACAACGCCACGCGCUUCACCUUUCUGACACCCAGGCUUGUUCGAGUGGAGUUUUCGCAAGAGGGCGCUUUCGAGGACAGGGCCACCACGGCGAUCGAGAAUCGUCGCCUGCCGCCUCCCCAGGUCCUCCGUGUAACCACGGGACCUGUUUGGUGUGAGGUCACGGCUAUCUGGGAAGAUGACGGGUCUGAGAGCACCAUGACGGUCCAUUAUCGCCCUGGGGCUGCUGGGGACACUGCCAUUGAAGUCGAGACGGUGCUGGGCGACGGUGAGAUCGUGCGGUGGAGACAGGGCGACGAGGACACGGGCAACCUGAAAGGCACCCGCUUCGACUUGGCACAGUGCUGCGCCAACCCUGGCACGUCCACGCCCAGCGAGCUGGAUCCUCGCUUUCCGCUGGCCAACGGCAUCCUGAGCCGUAAUGGCUGGAGCCUCCUGGAUGACUCGCACAGCCAUGCGAUCAACCCAGCUGCGGUGGGUUCCUGGGACUGGAUCGACAGUGAGGCGCGGGAGUCCGAGUUGGACCUCUACGUCUUCACGUGCGGUGCGCAGUUCAGGCAGUGCCUUCAGGACUUCACGGCCGUGUCCGGACCCAUCAACCUCCCACCGCUUUCUGCCUUCGGGCACUGGUGGUCCCGGCAUUGGGGCGACCCCUUCGAUGGCAUCUAUUUCGGGCCGAUGACACAGCAGGCCAUCAUCAAGGACGUCAUCCAGGGGUACCGCGACCAUGAGCUGCCACUCCACCAGGUGGUUUUCGACAUGGAGUGGCACCAGCAAGUGAGCAACGCCGACUGCAAGAGCUUCGUUGGCAUGCGGGGAUGGGCUUCCUGGACCUGGAACCGCACGCUCUUCCCGGAUCCUAACAGCUUCGCCUCCUGGCUGCACGCCGGGAACACGUCGGACUCUUAUGGUCAUCCUCUGAAGCUGGCACUGAACCUGCACCCGGAUGCGCCGUUUACGCACUGCGAAGCGAUGUACGAAGCCUUUGCUGCAGCUCUUGGUCUGGACCCGGGCAGCAGACAGGAUAUCAAGCUGGAUUACUUCAACCAGACAGUGAUGAUGGCCUUGGCGAACGUCGUGAUGCCCACGCUGCACGCCGACUUCCUGUGGAUGGACUCGCCAACAGUUACCACAUGGAAGAACGGGUUCUAUGAUAAGGUGCUGCUAAAGCAGGGCAGACGCCCACUGGUUCUCUCGCGAUAUGGCGGCUGGGGAAACCAGCGAUAUCCGAUAGGCUUCUCGGGCGACACGCGAAGAGUCUGGGACACACUGCACUACCUGGUGUACUUCACUCCGACGGCGGCAAACGUUGGCUUCGGGUACUGGAGCCAUGAUAUAG